AUGGACGCGAAGAAAGGGGGACGAGACCGCGUUUGGGAGGGUGGUCACACUGUUAUUGACCACCUGAGCCCUUUUUAUAGCAAGUAUGCUGACACCAGCUCAGCCAACGCCAAGAUUCGAGAGGCCUCCAUGAAAAUGUGCGUGGCAGAAGGCCAGAUAGAAGAUGGUGACCUGGAAGAGGCCACAAACGCAUCCGAAGACUGCCUGGAAAUCUUCAGAGAAGAAGGAGAUGUGAGAGGCACACGCGAUGCCCUCCGAUUAGUUGUCCACGUUUACCGCGCGAAAGCGGACGAGGCCCGAAACAAGGGCGAGCGAGCUGAAGCACGAGAUUAUCUCGAGAAGGCAGAAGCUCUCGCUGAAGAGGAGCUCUCGAACUACAGAGACGCAGGUGAUGACCUGGGUCAGGGCUGCAUGCUGCUGUGCAUGGCAGAAUCUACCUGCGCCUACCGGGGAAGCAUGAAGAGAGACGAGGCCUUGGAAAAUGCCGAGGAAGCCCUGGCGAUCUUCCGCGAGGUUAAGGAUCCCAAGUACGAGGGCCUCGCAGCACUGACUGUGGCAGAGGUUUAUUUCCGCAAGCGGAACUUCCAUGCCGCGAGACGGGCAGCAGCUGAGGCUACAGAGAUCUUCAAAGGCAUUGACGACAAGCUCUGCCAGGCCAUGUCCCUGCACAUGGGCGCCGCCACGGAGGCCCGGGCUGGUGUCCUGGAGAUGGCUAUCCGGCUAGGCAGGAAGUCGCUCAAGCUUCUGCAGGAAGGUGGCAGCAAAAAGCAGCAGAUGGCAAGCCUCCUUGCCCUGGGCCAGUUCUACUUGAUGCGGGAGGACGCCAGGCUAUCUCUGUCCAUGGGAGAGGCUGCCAUGGCGCUCCUGCAGGAGUUAGACGACGCCAUCUCCUGGGAGGGCGUGGCCAUCGGCUUCAUCGUGGAGGCGUACAUCCUCAACAACCAGUCAGACAAGGCCGUGCAGGUUUGCAAGGACGCGCUGGAGCGCGCCAGGCCACGAACGGACCAGAAGAGAGAGACCGUUUACCUCCUGCAUCACUUGAUCCAUGCGCUGUCUGUCUACGGCGACAUCGACCAGGUCCUGGAGGUUUCCGAAGAGGCCCUAGCGAUGUCCACAGAAAUCGGCUGUAAGCGACUGAAAGCGCACGUCUACGAAGAACUCAGCCACGCGCACUUGCUGGCCGAGCAAAACAAUGAUGCGCUCUAUGCUGCAAAGGAGGCAGUCAGCCUCCUCAAGGACCUGGGCGCGGACCACGAUGAGAUCACAACGCGGCUCCAGGUUUUGACAAAGGUGCUCAUCAUCCAGGAUAACUACCAGGAGGCUGCCAACCAGAUCGAGUUGGCCAAGGAGCUUGCGCAGAAAAUCGAGGAGAAGCCGCUCGAGGCUUUCUGCCUUUCCAUCCAGUCUCGUGUGCAGGCUCUUCUUGGCGAUCCAGAGGGCGGAGUGAAGGCUGCUGACUUAGCCAUCGACAUGUUCAAGGAGGAUGGAGACAGGAGAGGCGAGUGCCGAGUCUGGGAGGGUCUCUCAGAGAUCCACAUGACAGCAAAUGACUUCUCCUCAGCGCUCCGGGCAGCAAAGCGCGCAGAGACUCUCUGUGCGGAUGUCGGAGACACUCGCCUGAUGGCGAGAAUGAAGCACACGACUUCCAUGGUGCACAUGUCCGCGGACGCGCAUGAUGAGGCAAAAGCUGCCAUCACCGAAGCGAUCAAGCUCUCGCGUGCGGACGAUGACAUGAGAGGGACGGUGAAGUACAUCUUCCUGGCCAUGGACAUCUGGGUGACAUCGCUGACAGCAAUGGACCCCGAGGAUAAGAGCAAGGUCAGAAUCUACAGGCAGGGAUGCGAGAAAGCAAUGCGGCUGGCAAAGGAAGCCGUCAAGCUAAGCAUUCGUCUAGAAGAUCGAUAUGCCGAGUGCAUGGCCAACUACUGGGUUGGCACCAUGCACAUCAUGAUGGGCCGCCCCAAGGAGGCUCGCGUCAAUGCUGACCUCUCUCUGGAGAUCGCCAAGUCGAAGCGGGACAUGCUCAGCGAGAUGUAUGCCCGUGGGCUACUGGUGCAGAUCUGCCUUCAAGAGAAAGAUGUCAAAGCUGCAAAGGAGAAUCUCAAGGAUGUGCAGGGCCUGGCCGAAGAGCUGGGAGAUCCUCAAGCCAAAGCUAUGGCGGAUCAAUUGAAGGAGCUGGUAAUGGGCUCCGGCGUGCAGGAGGCAGCGCCGCAGGCGGCAGCGAUGGCCGCACCAGUUCAGGAAAUGGGUGGAGCUUCCUCCGCAGCAGGCCCUGGCGAAGAGCUUGCAUACAUCGCACCAGAUCCACUUGCCAUCAAGACUCACAUCAUCGCCAUGGUGAAGAACAUGGUCGGUGGAGGUGACGAGGUGGAUGGUGACACUCCGCUCAUGGAGUCUGGUGUGGAUAGCUUGGCAAGUGUGGAGCUCCGAACGCAGCUGCAAGGGGAGUUCAAAGUGAACUUGCCUUCCACGGUCAUGUUCAACUACCCCACCAUCGAGGGCUUGACUGGGCUUCUUAUUGAUGAGUGCACGCAAAAGAAGAUCACCUGGAGCGGAUGA